CCUGUCAGUUGCAGAAAGCGGGACCCUGAACGCAGCAUCCGGACUCAGUGGAACCGCGGCUCCGGUUCGGUUAACGUCCGUUAAAGUCCGACCGAAAACGGUUUUUAAUGUUUUUUUUAAACGGUAGAAGUCGCCGUUUGAACUUGUUCUGACUCUUCUAACGGUCCGGGCUUCACUUCUGACCUCCGCCGGGAUGCGCGGCUCGGCCAGCUAACGUUAGCCGCGCAGCUAGCAUCGGUGCUCGGGCACAGAAAGUAGCGUCCGCUGCGUGGGAGUCCGAACCCGGCCAGACAUGGAGAAACUCAGGGAGCGGCUUCGAUACCUCCAGGACCCGCACCUGGUGGCCCGUUUCCAGCACUUCUGCGGGGUUCGGGGGACGUUUUCUCGGAGCGGCGCGGGCAAAGCAGCGGACCAGACUCCGCCGCUCAACAACGGGGCUCUUCACCAUCACAGCGCCGGGGAAAGUGACGGAGACAACUCGGCCGUUACCGGAGCCGGAGAGGGGGAGAAGCCGACGGGGGUCCGGAGGAGAAUCGCGGAUUUAAACCUCAAGGAAGGCAGCGAAAGUCCUCCGCAGAACGGGGCGGCCGGGGGGGCUCCGGAGCUCCGCGAGGAGAACGGCAGCGAAGCCCCGGUGAAGGUGAAGCCGCUCCGUAAGAACUCUCUGACGGGCGACGCUGGGCAGGAGUUCCUGAUCCAGAACCGGUUCCUGUACUACAUGUUCACGCUGGGGACCGAGCUGGGCAACGAGUCCUUCUACAUCACCUUCUUCCCCUUCAUCAUGUGGAACGUGGACGUGUUCAUCAGCCGGCGGCUCGUCAUGGUCUGGGUCUGGGUCAUGUAUCUGGGCCAGUGCACCAAGGACGUGGUCGGCUGGUCCCGGCCCGCCUCCCCGCCGGUGGUCAAGGUGGAGAUGUUCUACAACUGCGAGUACAGCAUGCCGUCCACACACGCCAUGUCCGGAACCGCCAUCCCCUUCUCCCUGUUCCUCCUCACCUACGGCCGCUGGGAGUACCCGUCCUCUCUGGGGUUCUGCUUGGCUCUGAGCUGGUGUCUGCUGGUCUGUUCCAGUCGGAUCUACUUGGGAAUGCACUCGGUUCUGGACGUCAUUGCCGGCGUCCUCUACAGCGUCCUCAUCCUGAUCUUCUUCCUGCCGGCGUUGGACCUGAUCGACGACUUCAACCUGAACUGCCGCUUCGCUCCGCUGGUCAUCAUCAGCCUCCACCUGGGCCUCGGCCUCUUCUCCUUCACGCUGGACACCUGGAGCACCUCCCGGGGCGACACUGCUCAGAUCCUGGGCACCGGCGCCGGCGUGACGUUGGCAUCCCACGUCAACCAGCGCCUCGGCCUGCUGCCCGACCCCACGCCCGACCGGCUGCCCCUCAGCUUCCCGUCCCUCGGCGCCGGCCUGGUGGCGGCCGCCGUCAUGCGCCUGGUGGUGGGGGUUCUGGUUCUGGUUGCCACGAGGGCGCUGAUGAAGGCCGUCACCAUCCCGCUGGUGUGCCGGGUGUUCGGGAUCCCCAGCGACGACGUGAGGAAGGCCCGGCAGCACAUGGAGGUGGAGCUGCCCUACCGCUACAUCGUGUAUGGGACGGUCGGGUUCAACGUUCUGUUCCUGGUUCCGCUGCUGUUCAGCCACCUGCAGCUCUCCUGACUGAAGUCUAGACUCCAGAAUUGAUCUAAUCUCCAGACGAAGGCAGGUUUGGGACCGAAGAAGCUGAAUUAAAGCCUCAACGCUGAUCUGGACGCAGAGUUUUUAUCAAAUUCGUAGUUUUUAGUCGUGAAAUCUCUCAACUCUUCAACCUGUGGUUCUGUUCUUUGGUUAUUUAACGUGGAAUCUCGUUUGACGGUUUCACUCGUUCUCGACCUUAAAGAGCAAAAAAAAAAAACAACAAUAUUUCAUCAGCGGCCUCUGAAGGACCAGAAACGUUUUAGUUUUUUGUUAUUCCUGUUGAUGUUAAGAGUUCAGACGAAGAACCACAAGAAGAGGUUUUCAGGUAGAAAAAGUUGACACUCAAAAGAUGUGCAGAAACGAGUUUUGAGAGAAAACGCGUCAAUUCAUGGAUCGAUUGUUGCUCAGCUUCGGUUUCAGUGUCGAAACUUUUUGUGGUUCUUUGUCUAGAAGCUUCUUAAUGUUGGAGUUUGAUCUCAAAGCAAUACGAUGAUUUUCUAAAGGGCUCUUCCACUGCUUCUGUCUGCUCUGUGAUUGAUUGUUUUUCCUGCCAUUGCCACAUACUGUUGAUCCACCAGGAAGAAGGAAGAACUCUGUUUGGGAGCUGUACAGAGAUUUUUUAUUCUAUUCUGACAGGGUGAUUAGAUUUUCUGCACUAUAAACAGACUUCCUGUCUGGAGGCGACGGCGGAGGAAACGCUGAUCUGACGGUUAAAAACUGGAUGAAACUUAGUGUUUUUAAGGGAAGAAAUUUCGGAAUUUAUAGAAUAAACUUGUAAUAUUUUCAGAACACGGGAAAAUUUACACAAAAAGUUUUUAUUAUUUAAAGAAAAACUACAUUUUAAUACUUCUUUGUAGAAAACAGUCAAAUUUUUUGACUUUGUUCUGGAAAAUCUCAACUUUUUCUGAGUACCAUUUUUUUCCCAAAAAAAUAGUUAAACUUUCUUCUGGAAGUCUUUGAGCUUGAUUCAUCAAACUUUUUAACUUCCUUCAAGGAAAAUUUGAGGUGAUCCUGGGAAUACUUUCAAUGUUUUGAGGUAAAUUGCGACGUCAUUCUGCAUAUAUUGCAGCUAAAAUUGCGACUUUAUUCCAAACUUUUGAUACAUAAAAUUAUUUAAUUUAGGAAAUAUUGCAAAUUUUUCGAGUUAAAUUACAACUUAAACAAAAUUUUUUGGGUAAUAUUACAACUUCAUUCAGGAUUUUUUGUCCAUCUAAUAACUCAAAUCUAAAAAUAUUUCAGUUUUUCUGCAUAAAAAUUACAACUUCACUCAUCAAACUUUCAUAACUUCCUUUGAGCAAAAUUCAAGGCGAUCCUGGGAAUACUACAAAUAUUUUAAGUUAAGUUGCAGCUUAGUUCAAGACUUUAUACAAGAAAUUGUUAUGUAAUUUAGGAAAUAUGAAAAGUUUUUUUAGUUAAAUUAUAACUUUAAAACAAAUUAAUGUGUAAAAUUGGAAUUUAAUUGAGAAAAUAUUACAAAUUUUAUGGGUAAAAUUCCAACUUUUUUCUGAGUUUUUUCUACAUGUAAUUAUAAUUAAAUAUUUCAGCUUGGCUGGGUUAAAUUGGUGACUUAAUUCUCGAUGUUUUGCGGCUAAGAUUGCGACUUUAUUCACAACUUUUUAUUCAUAAAAUUGUUAUUUUAUUUUGGAAAUAUUCCACAUUUUUUUUUUCACUUAUGUUUUUUGACAUUAUUAAAAACUUUUUAUGUACAAUUAAAUCAAUUAAAGUCUAGGAAUAUUUUAGCUUUUCCUCAUGAAAAUUAAAACUUAACUCAUCAGACUUUAAACUUUUUUUUGAUGCAUAAUCCGGGAACUUUCACAAAACUUUUAAGUAAAAAUGCGACAUUAUUCGCAACUUUCUUUUUUGCCAGCGAUUGCGACCUAAUUCAGGAAUUUUUAUAAAUCUUUUGAAAAAAAUGUAGGAAUUUUUAUGCUUAAAUUUUCGACUUAAUUCAGGGAAUAUUUGAGCUUUUCUGCAUAAAAACUUUCUACCUUUCCUAUAGUCUGUUUGUUAAAAAAAGGGCCUGAUUUGAAGCUUUAUUUUUGUAAAUUUUUUGUUUUACUUCCUGUUGUAAAAAGACAAACUAGAACAGCUAUUUAAUUUGUAAAAUCUCAGGAAACAUUUGCAGGUUCUCGUAAAUGAAUCAGUUAUUAACCGUCAGAAAAUAAAACAUUUCUCCGUUGUCGUCCUUCAGUUUAAUAAACGACCGUAAACCGACUGUGGACUUUUAGACAUGAAGACCUUUUAAAUUUACACCAUUUUUGUGCUUUAGAACACAAAAAAAUGACACGAAACUCGGUAAAAACAUCAGAAAAUGUCAGUUCAGUGUCUCAGCAGCAGUUUUUAAAGAGAGAAGCUCAGAAAAUAGCUUUUAUUAAGAAGCAAAAGUUCGUUUUUGGUUUCAAAACUGCAGAAAUUUGACCUGAAAGUUGAUUUUUAUUUGGAAACGGUUUGACUGAAAAAUUUCAAUUUUCAGGCUCCUGAUGAAGAUUAGGGCAUGUGGCUGAAAGCUCAACGUUUGAGCUGAAAGUUGAAUUUGUAACCAUGACUUUAUACUCUGGUUUUAAACUCAGAUAUUUGACCAUUUAGCAGCUGUUCUGGAGCUUUCAGUGAAACCACAUGAGCUUCCUCAGCAGCUGGAACUUGCUAAAUCUUUCAUUCACAUGGUUUAUAUUUAAAAUUCCUGCCAAUGUUAGCUCGGAAGCAGGAUUUUAAAGUUUGUCUUUGAGCUUUGGAAUAGUAGUCAAGAAAAUUGUGUCAUUUCAGAAGCCAUUUAGCAGCUGUUGUGGAGCUUUCAGUGACAUCCCAUAAGCUUCCUCAGCAGAAAACCUUUUGCAGACAUUUCUAUUUCCAUUUUUCUGAGCACAUUAGCUACAAAAGAGGAAUUUAAAGUUCGUCCUUGAACUUUGACAGCAGUUUGACAAAAACAUGCCACUAAAGACACCAUUUAGCAAAUGUUUUGUAGCUUUCAGUGGUGUCUCAUGAUCUUCUUCAGUAGAAAACCUUGGUUGGAGUUGCAGAUGUUUCUAUUUCCACUUUUCUGAGAGCAUUAGUUUUGAAACAGGAAUUUAAAGUUCGUCCUUGAGUUUUGAAACAGCCUUCUACAAAAGUAGACCACAAAAGAAGCCAUUUAGUAGCUUUUAUGGAGCUUUCACUGAUGUCACAUGGUCUUCCUCUGCUGGUAAAACUUGAUCUGAUAUCUUUAAAAUGGUUUAUAAUUCCAUUUUUUGAGCACAUUAGCUACAAAAGAGAAAUUUAAAAUUUGUCCUUGAGAUUUUCAACAGCAGUUGACAAAAAUAUACCGCUAAAGAAGCCAUUUAGUAGCUUUUCUGGAGCUUUCAGUGAUAUCACAUGAUCUUCUUCAGUAGAAAACUUUAAUUGGAGUUGCAGACAUUUCUAUUUCCAUUUUUCUGAGCAAAUUCAUUAUGAAACAAGAAUUUCAAAGUUCGUCCUUGAGCUUUAAGACAGCAGAUGAAAAACACGCCUCUAAAGAGACUCUAUUUGCUAAUUAGUAGCUUUCAAUGAUGUCACAUGAGCUUCCUCUGCAGUAAAAUUUGCUCAAAACAUCUUUAAAAUGGUUUAUGAUUCCAUUUUUCUGAGCACACAAGUUACGAAACAGGAAUUCAAAGUUUGUGCUUGAUCUCUGAAAGCGCAGUUGACUAAAAUAUACCACUAAAGGAGCCAUUUAGUAGCUUUUCUGUUGCUUUCUGUGAUAUCACAUGAUUUUCUUCAGCAGAAAACUUUAGUUUGAGUUAUAGGCGUUUCUAUUUCCGAUUUUCUCAGCACAUUAGCUACGAAACAGGAAUUUAAAGUUUGUCCUUGAGCUUUGAAAUAGCAGUCAACAAAAAUAUACCACUCAAGAACCCAUUUAGUAGCUUUUCUGGAGCUUUUCACAUGAGCUUCCUCUGAAGGUAAAACUUGGUAAAUUUUUUCUGGAGUUAUAGAUUUUUAUAUUCAGUUUUCUCAACCUUAAAUUAUAGAGUUUGCUCAAAAGUUGGGUUUUAAAGUUUGUCCUUGAUUUUUGAAACAACAGUUGACAAAAACACGUCUGCGGAGGUCUUUGAGUAGCUGUUUGGAGUUUUUGGAGACUGAUUGAUAGCUGCAGAAGAGCUGUUGAGUGGAACUUCAGCAACUUCAAAUAUCUGAACUGUUUCUUCAGAAUAAGAUUCAUCAACUGAACCAGAAAAGCCACAACGUCGACUUUCUGCUUGUGUCUAAAAUGUUUUAUGUUUGGAAUCGAGUCCACUCAAAGUUCAGAUUUCCCACUCAGCCAGGGUGAGUGAAUGUCUCGUUUUAACCACUGUAGAUGAAGUGCCUCCUCCAGGGCUCUUCGUUUGGUCUUAAUUUAUCCGCUGAGCUGAUUUGUAGCCUCUUGUUGUUGUUGUUUGUUGUUGUUAUUUGUUGUUUACGGUACUGUCCUAGAUAUGAUGCACUGUCCCCAGAAUGCACUGCUCCCCUUCGAGCCGAGCAGGAAGUUGGUGUGACGUGAAAAAUCCAACUGAAAGUGGAUUUUUAAUCAGUUUAGUUGCAGCCGGAUCAGUAUUUCUGAUUAAAUCUGGUCUUUUUUGGGGCUUUUACUUUGGUAAAAUGAAAGAAUGACAAUAUUUCCUGCCGCUGUGGAGACCAGAUGAGUUUAUGAUUUUAUGGCACCUUUUAUUGCUUUUUAUAUUCACAUGAUCACCCCAGCAGCAACAACAAAUGCUUUUAUUGUUGGUUUUAUUGGUUUCCAGAUUAAACUGUUUGCUGUUGUGGCUGUAAAAUGUCAGAAAGUGAAAAUUUCCAUAAUGACCUAAAAGACAAUCGGUUUAAAAAAUAACAGAAAACAUUUUUAUCCUGAUCAUCGACCUGCUGCUCGGCUCGUUUCACCUCCUGUGGCCUCGAGUUCGUCCUGUUUUUUGUUUUUGUUUGUUUUUGGUGAAAAUGAAAGUUUAGCGACUCGACUGUUGAUUCUUCGGUUGAAUCUGAUGGAUGAAGACAAACAGGAAGUGGAAAAAUUAAGUUGAAUUGAAGUUUAAUCUGAUAGAAUCGAUGGUUUUAUGUUCAAUGAGAGAAAAAAUGAAAGUUUAUUCCACUUGUUUGUUUUUAAGCAGAGUCGACCUCAUUAUUUUGCUUUGUUUUUUUGGUUAAAAAUCACUAAUAGAAACAAAUGAAUGGUCAAUAAACUAUUUUGUCCUUACUGAUGAAUGAAGAGAAAUACAUUUUUCCAUGUGGUGGAGCAUCUGAUGAAUUAGUUUUAUUUAAUUUAGUUGAUUUUAUUUUUCAAAUUAUUGUUUUAAUAUUCUGGGGUUUUUUUGUCCUAAAUUUCUUUUUUUUAAUUUGGUGGAAGCCAAAUAUUUAUGAUAAUCUUCAUUCAUUUUAUUUUAUUUUAUUUAUCUUUCAUUAAUUAUUUGAUUUAUUAAUUUAUUCUUUUACUUUUUAAAAAAAUCUGUUUUUUUUUUUAAAUUUUAUUUUUUAAUUGAUUUUUCUUUUCAAAUUAUUGUUUUCAUGUUCUGUUUUAUUUUGGAACUUAAUUUCUUUCUUUUUUUUUAUUAGGUGGAAGCCAAAUAUUUAUGAUAACCUGCAUUCAUUUUAUUAUAUUUUAUUGUUUGAUUGUAUUCAUUUCUUUCUUUUUUUUCUAAAAAAAAUAUUUUUUUUUCUUAUUUUAUUUUUUAAUUGAGUUUUUAUUUUAUUUUAUCAAAACAGAAUUCCAUGGUUUGUUAUUGGAUGGAAACCAAAUAUUUGUGUUAAGCUUUGUUAAUUUUAUUUUCUUUUGCGCUUUUGUUCAUUAUUUGGUUUUAUUCAUUUCUUUCUUUUAAAAAAAAGUUUUUCCUAUUUUAUUUAUAAAUUGAUUUUAUCAGGAGGAUUUGAUGCUUUUUGUGUUUUAAUAUUUGGAUUUUUGAUGGUUAAAACAUUUCAGUUCAUCUUCAGCUGUCCUUUCGAGGUCGACUCUGCUGGUUUUUGUCUUUUUCUUUCCACCUAAUGUGUUGAAACUGUAGCCGAACUUCCUCUUCAGUGCCUUUAAUUGACCACGAUCUAAACUUCUCACUGCGUCUUUUUGCCUUUUGCACUUUGUAGCUGCAGAAACGUUUCCAGAUGAAAAGUCAGAUUUUAAAGUUUCACUGAAGCUCAGAUUUAGUUUUUUUCUCCUUCAAUGAUUUAAAGGUUUUAUUCCAAAAUCAGGAAACCAACUUUUAGAUGAUUAUUUUCUGAUCAGACCUUCAUGAUUCCUGUUUUUUCUCUGGUCAUGUCCGGAUGUUUCAGUAUUUUUUAUUCUGUAUAAACUGCAGAUUUUAUUUUUGAUUCAGAACCAAACUCUUGUUUCUGUUUGGGUGAAAAUAACGAAAUAAAAAUGAUGAUAAAUGGAAAAAA